AUGACCCAACCACGAAACGUUGCCGGGCUUGGGCGUCUCCCGUUAUUUGGCGCCCCUAAAAUGGAUGAUGGCACAGAAAGGAACGCGCAUAGGGCCGCUGCCUGGGGGUCGCCGGACGCGGCAGCAUGCGGGCCGCCAGCCGAGCGCGAGGAGCUGCAUGAUCACCUAGCAGCCCCUCACAUCCAUCAUCCCCACCAGAAGGAUUGGUGUCGGCUGGGUCUUCUCGAACUCAGCAAGCGACACCCGCCGCUGGUGGAGCACGUCGCAUGCUUUGGACAAAAUCUAUGA